AUGGAGAAGAGUGGGAACAUUCAGCUGGAGAUUCCUGACUUCAGUAACUCUGUCCUGAGCCACCUGAACCAGUUACGCAUGCAGGGUCGCCUUUGUGACAUCGUGGUCAAUGUGCAGGGCCAAGCUUUCCGCGCUCAUAAGGUGGUGCUGGCUGCCAGCUCGCCCUACUUCCGCGACCACAUGUCCUUGAACGAGAUGAGCACCGUUUCCAUUUCUGUCAUCAAGAACCCUUCUGUUUUUGAGCAGCUCCUUUCCUUUUGUUACACCGGGAGGAUAUGUCUGCAGCUGGCUGACAUCAUCAGUUACCUAACGGCCGCCAGUUUCUUGCAGAUGCAGCACAUCAUAGACAAAUGCACGCAGAUUCUCGAGGGAAUUCAUUUCAAAAUUAACGUGGCAGAGGUGGAAGCAGAAUUGAGCCAGACCAGGACAAAGCAUCAGGAGAGACCGCCGGAGUCUCACCGGGUGACACCAAAUCUAAACCGUUCUCUGAGCCCGCGUCACAGUGCCCCGAAGGGGAGUCGCUUGGGCCAGGUUAGCACGGUGCUGGACAUUCGGGAACUCAGCCCACCCGAGGAGUCCACCAGCCCCCAGAUAAUUGAGCCAAGUUCAGAUAUGGAAAGCAGGGAGCCCAUCCUACGGAUUAACAGAGCGGGACAGUGGUACGUGGAGACGGGACUGGGAGACCGCGGGGGACGGAACGAUGACGACGUCCGGCUGCUGGGAGGAGUACGUAUUAAAACGGAGAACCUGGAGGAGUGGCUCCGGGCGGAGGACUAAGACAGCGCCGAGGAGGUCACUGCUAUGGUGAUUGAUACCACGGGCCACGGAUCGAUGGGCCAAGAGGCUUACGCCUUAGGGUCCUCCGGGGCCAAAGUGGUCAGGCCGACCAGCAGUGAGAUCGACAGAUUUAGCCCUUCUGGCAGCAUGGUUGCUGUGACUGAGCGGUACAGAUCAAAAAGCGAGUCUCCCGGGCGGAUGGAUGAGCCCAAGCAGCCCAGUUCCCAGGGGGAGGAAUCGGCCAUGCUCGGAGUGAGCGGUUACGUGGAAUAUCUCCGGGAGCAGGAGGUUUCGGAGCGCUGGUUCCGCUACAACCCACGGCUCACUUGCAUUUACUGCGCCAAAUCCUUCAACCAGAAAGGCAGCCUGGACCGGCACAUGCGUCUCCACAUGGGCAUCACGCCUUUUGUCUGCCGCAUGUGCGGGAAGAAGUACACCCGGAAGGAUCAGCUGGAGUAUCACAUCCGCAAGCACACGGGCAACAAGCCCUUCCAUUGCCACGUCUGCGGCAAAAGCUUCCCGUUCCAGGCCAUCCUCAACCAGCACUUUCGCAAGAACCACCCCGGCUGUAUGCCUCUGGAGGGGCCUCACAGCAUCUCCCCCGAGACCACCGUCACGUCCCGGGGGCAGGCGGAGGAAGAAUCGCCUCCGCAGGAGGAGGCCAUGGCCGUGGGGGAGACGGCACAGGGAUCUGUGUCCACGACUGGGCCAGAUUGA